CUUUUAUAUAGUAGGAUUACCUGAAUCUAUAAGGGUAUCCAAAAAAGUUGAAAAUUUAAAAAAUGAACUGGAAUAUCUGAAAAUAGUAUUUGAAUCUAAAUAAGCCACUCGAGCUGAUGCCCAAACCUAUCUAAAUCCCGAAACCUUGAACUAGAACAUUGUAUGCAUUCAAAGCUUGUUGUUCCUUUCUGAAAGAGGGCAAAAGCUAAAGAAACACAGGAAGAUAUCAUGAUGAAAUAAGAAAAAGGGGAGGAGCCAUUCAUAAUAAAUGGGAAGUUGAAGGAUUAUAAAUUUAUUAAAGUUAACCUUGUUAAAUCUUCCAUGAAUCUUCCUCUCCACUUGCUGCUUCUUCUUAUCUAUUGACUAUUUGGACUUUUUUCUGUGUUCUGUGUAAUCGUUGAAUAUUCCUCUCCACUUGUGUCUUCUUAUCUAUUUACUCUGUCUUUGGAUUCUUUUGUGUGGCUUUGCGUCAUCGUUGCUAUUUCUCUCUUUGCUGAAAAAUCAUUGUGAUCCUGUUCUUCAGUUUCUUGAGUGCUCUCUCUCUAAUUCAUGGCUUCUUCUUCUUGUCUCACGUGGAAGCAUAAUGUCUUCCCGAGCUUCUGUGGAGGAGACGUGCGCAAAGGCUUUCUUAGUCACCUUCUGAAAGAGCUCGAAAGCAAAGGAAUCAGUCCUUUUAUUGAUAAUAACAUUGAGCGGGGCCAGUCUAUCGCUCCCGAGCUCGUCCAAGCGAUCAAAGAAUCAAGGGUUGCUCUUGUCUUGCUAUCCCCUAACUACGCUUCUUCGAGAUGGUGUUUGGAUGAGUUGGUGGAAAUCAUGAAGUGCAGAGAAAGGGAGCAACAAACAGUGAUAACUAUUUUCUACGGAGUGGAUCCAUCUGAUGUUAGAAACCAGACCGGAGAUUUCGGAAAGGUCUUUAACAAAACCUGUGACGGAAGAACAGAAGGUGUUAAGGAGGCAUGGAAGAAAGCUUUGGUGGAUGUCGGCAAUAUAGCUGGUUAUGACUCCAGCAGAUGGGACAAUGAAGCUAAGAUGAUCGAAGAAAUUGCCGAAGAACUUAUGAAAGUGUUGAGGAUUACACCAUCAAAAGAUUUUGAUGACUUUGUUGGCAUGGAAGCUCGUAUCACGGAAAUAAAGUGCUUGUUGAGCCAACAAUCUGAUGCUAAAGUUAAGUUCAUUGGGAUCGUGGGUCCUGCUGGGAUUGGUAAGACGAGCACUGCCAGAGCUUUGUUCGACCGGUUAUCUCGCGACUUUGAGUUCAGCACGUUUAUUGAGGAUAUCAGAGGAAGUAAAGAGAUGCCUUCUCUCGGUGGCUCCCAUCAUAAGUAUCAGUUGGAUUGUCAGAAAGAAUUAUUGUCUCGGCUUUUCAACCAAAAGGAUAGUAAGGUUGGUCACUUGGGAGUGGCUGAACAAAGGCUGAGAGGCAAAAAAGUGUUGAUUGUUCUUGAUGAAAUGGACUGCUUGUUCAAACUAGAGGCAAUGGCAAAAAAGGCUGAUUGGUUUGGACACGGAAGUGUUAUCAUCAUUACAACCGAAGAUAGAAAACUUCUCGAGGCACAACGCAUCAAAUGGAUUUACAAUAUGGAACUUCCAGAUGAAGUUGAGGCAAUGCAGAUCUUAUGCCAAUAUGCUUUCGGUCAAAAGUCUAUAGAUUAUGGUCCUGCGAGGAUAAUUGCCAGAGCUUUGCACAACCAAUUCUAUCCUGGUAUCAGACGAUUUGAGAUCUUUUGCCAAUAUGCUUUCGAUCAAAAGUCUCAAAAUUAUGUUCCUGAGACGAGAACUGUCAAAGCUUUGAGCAACCAAUGCAUUCUUGAUAUCAGAGGAAGUAGUGAGAUGUCUUCUCUCCUUGGCUCUGAUUAUAAAUAUCAGUUGGAUUAUCUGUAUGAUUUUUAUGAGCUUGCUCAGGAAGUUACUGAACUUGCUGGUGGUCUGCCUCUGGCCCUGAGAGUCUUGGGAUCGUCCCUACGAGGAAUGUCUAGGGACGAGUGGAGAAAUGCACUACCAAGGCUCAAGUCUAGCCUUGACAAAGGAAUUGAAUCAAUUCUAAUGUUUGGCUACAACGGCUUACGUGAUGAUAAAGAUAGAACUCUUUUUCUGUAUAUUGCAUGUUUCUUUGUUGGUUUCGAGGUUGAUCGCAUUAAACAUUGUCUUGAAGAUUGUAAGUUACAAGUCGUCCAUGGGCUUCAGAACUUAGAGCAGAAAAGUCUCAUAUACACAGAAAACGGAUACGUAGGGAUGCACGCAUUACUGCAACAAAUGGGGAGAGAUAUUGUCAAGAAAAAGACGGAGGAGAUUGGAGAGCGACAGUUCUUGAUGGAUACCAAGGAUAUUUCUGAUUUACUUGAAGAUGAAGAUACUGGUACUGGAAAAAAAGUUAUAGGCAUAAAGCUACAAGCAUUGGGAGAGGAGGAAAUCCAAAUAAGCAAAAGUGCCUUCCAAGGGAUGAAGAAUCUCCAGUUUCUACUAAUCGACUAUAGGAACGUGCGCAUACGCGAAGGCCUCAGCUGUCUCCCCGACAAACUCAGACUUUUAGAGUGGCCCAGAUGUCCAUUGACAUGUUUGCCUUCCAAGUUCUCUUGCAAGUUUCUUGUCGAACUUAUCAUGACAAACAGCAAACUUGAGAAACUUUGGGAUGGAAUCAAGCCUCUCCAGCGCCUCAAGCGGAUGGUUUUGAGGGAGUCUCGGUAUCUGAAAAAAAUUCCAGAUCUCACAACUGCAACGAGUCUCGAGGAACUAGAUCUUCAUGGCUGCAUAAGUUUGUUAGAGCUCACAAGCACUAUUGCCUUUGCCACUAAGCUUACAAGGUGCAAACUUGGCGAUUGCUUUCGUUUGAAGGAGCUCCCCUCUUCUAUGGGUAGGCUAAUCAAUCUCGAGGUGUUGUAUAUGACUGGGUGUAGAAACCUCAACGAAUUCCCAAAUGUUCCUGACAGCAUUGAAGAGUUGGUGUUGAGCAAGACAAGGAUAAAGAAAAUUCCUCCAUUGAUUGUGAAUCUGUCUCGUCUGCGCAGACUAAUUAUGUGUGGAUGCAAGAAGCUGAAAAAGAUAUCUCGGAACGUUUCUAAGUUGGAGAAUCUUCAGUAUCUUGAUCUGAGUAACAGUGAUAAUCUUAAUAAUGGAUUUAAAGCAGUAAUCAGGUGGGAGGGCCCUGACUCGAAGCGCCGUUGGGAAUUACGAUCAGACUUCAAAGUUCACUACCUUUUACCGAGAUGUCUACCCACGAAGAAGGCCCUAUCAGUAUAUUUAGGGAGCUACAGUCGUCUAAAGACUAUUCCAGAUUGCAUCAUACGUCUCUCGGGACUCAUUAAGCUUUGCCCUUAUCUCGUAACACUUCCACCGCUUCCAGACUCCCUUAUAUAUAUAGAUGCAGAAGGCUGUAGAUACUUGAAGAGAAUAAAUUAUUCUUUUCAAAAUCCAGAUAUUUGCCUCAACUUCGCUGGCUGCGUCAGACUGAAUCAAAAAGCCAGAAAGCUUAUCCAAAAAUCAGCUUGCAAAUAUGCGGUCUUACCGGGUGAAGAAGUGCCUGCACAUUUCCCUCACCAAGCUACUUCAGGUUCCCUGACGAUCAAUCUGACACCAAAACUUCUUCCUUCAUCCUUGAGAUUCAAAGCUUGCAUCUUGCUGUCAGAUAGUGCUAUUUUUAAGAACAAGGGACUAAAGGGUGUUGUUGCUUGUCGUGUCAAGGGUAAACAGAAUGGCCUCACUAUCCAAUAUGGAUCAAAUCAGCACCAUAUGCCGUGUAGAUAUGAAAUAGCUAAAGACCAUCUGUAUAUAUUUGAAGAUUCUUUCUGUCUAAACCAGGAUUUCCCUGAAGCCGAAGAAGCCACUUUGAGUGAGCUUGUGUUUGAAUUCAUUUUCCAUUGUGAAAUCUGGGAGGUGAAAAGCUGCGGUGUACGACUUUUGUUCCCUGAUUCUAUUAUUGACAUAAAUGCAGCCAAUGAUGAUGAUGAUGAUGAUGGGAACAAAGUUGAAAGUGAUCAUGAUGAUGGUGACGAAGUUGAAAGUGAUGAUGAUGAAUCUAUGCUCGUACCUGGUGUACAAGUGCCUGCAAACUUCAUUUACCGAGCUACUUCAGGUUUCCUAAAGAUCAAUCAGAUUCCACAACCUCUUCCUCCAUACCUUAGGUUCAAAGCUUGCAUCUUGCUCUCAAGAGUCAAUAUUAAUUUCGAGGAUGAUGAAGAGGAUGUGUCUUAUGACGAUGAUGAAGAGGAUAAAUAUUUAUUGAUGCGUGUAUCUUAUAGGUUUAGGGGUAAACAGAAUGACCGAUAUGGAUCAUACGAGCGCGACAUGCCUUAUCUAUAUGGAUGUGACGACCAUCUGUAUACAUUUGAAUAUUGUUUCUGGCUAUACCAUGAUUGCCCUGAAGCCACUUUCAGCGAGCUUAUGUUUCAUUUCAAAGUUUUUUAUAACCUAUGGGAGGUGAAAGCCUGCGGUGUACAACUUUUGGAGGGCGAAGAAGAAUCUGGACGUGAUGAGGAUGAAGAUGAUGAUGGUGAUAAUGAUGAGGUUGAGGAGGAGAUACAGGAUGAUGUAGAUAAAACGCAAGGAGAAGAAUCUAGACGUGAUGAUGAUGGAGAGACAAGGAGCACGACGAGUGAGGUUCAGCCCUUCUGUAGGUAUAUGAAAUUGACAUGUUGUUAUAUUUUGUAAUCGUGUGCAAUAUAAUUUUCCAAGAAGAUAAGCUCAAUCUAAACACCCAGAGACAAUCAAUCUGGUGUUUAUUAAGGUUCCAAGAAAACAAUUGGACUUUAACAGUAAUAGCAAAGUUGCGUUUGUAAGAACAAUUUGUUUCAAGUAAUUCGUUGAUAAACAUACGAAGAUGCAUGAUUGUA